GAGCAGCCAUGCUUCCCGGGGUGGGCGUGUUCGGCACCAGCCUCACCGCCCGUGUCAUCAUCCCGUUACUGAAAGAUGAGGGCUUUGCGGUGAAGGCGCUGUGGGGCCGCACGCAGGAAGAAGCCGAGGAGCUGGCCAAAGAGAUGAGCGUUCCUUUCUACACCAGCCGCAUCGAUGAGGUGCUGCUGCACCAGGAUGUGGACUUGGUGUGCAUCAACCUUCCGCCGCCGCUCACCAAGCAGAUCGCUGUCAAAACCCUGGGUAUAGGCAAGAACGUCAUCUGUGACCGCACUGCCACGCCCCUGGACGCCUUCCGCAUGAUGUCGGCUGCCCACUACUACCCCAAGCUCAUGAGCAUCAUGGGCAAUGUGCUGCGCUUCCUGCCAGCCUUCGUUCGCAUGAAACAGCUGAUUGAGGAGGGCUACGUGGGCGAGCUGCUGGUGUGUGAGGUGCAGGUGCACAGCGGCAGUCUGCUGGGCAAGAAGUACAACUGGAGCUGCGAUGACCUGAUGGGUGGCGGCGGCCUGCACUCUGUGGGCACCUACAUCAUCGACCUGCUCACCUUCCUCACGGGCCAGAAGGCUGUCAAGGUCCACGGGCUGCUCAAGACCUUUGUCAAGCAGACGGACCACAUUAAGGGCAUCCGCCAGAUCACCAGCGAUGACUUCUGCACCUUCCAGAUGGUGCUGGAGGGUGGAGUGUGCUGCACCGUUACCCUGAACUUCAACGUGCCCGGAGAGUUUAAGCAGGACGUGACCGUGGUGGGCUCCGCGGGGCGGCUCCUGGCAGUGGGCACCGACCUCUAUGGGCAGCGCAACAGCGCCCCAGAGCAGGAGCUGCUGCUGCAGGACACUACAUCCGUGAGCAACUCCCUGCUGCCCGAGAAGGCAUUCAGCGACAUCCCCUCGCCCUACCUGCGGGGCACCAUGAAGAUGAUGCAGGCAGUGCGCCAGGCUUUCCAGGAUCAGGAUGACCGGCGCACGUGGGACGGACGGCCUCUUACCAUGGCUGCCACCUUCGACGACUGCCUGUAUGCCCUCUGCGUGGUAGACACCAUCAAGAGGUCCAGCCAGACUGGAGAGUGGCAGAACAUUGCCAUCAUGACUGAGGAGCCAGAGCUGAGCCCAGCCUACUUGAUCAGUGAGGCCAUGCGCAGAAGCAGGAUGUCCCUUUACUGUUAGCACUGGGACCUGGUGGACUCAAUCCUGCUGAGUGGGGCCGGUUAGGGGGAAAUGCACAGUGGAGUGGGUAGUCAUGGGUGGGGAUUACGGGAGGAGGGCAGCAUGAAUGCACAGCACUAUGAAGGUGGUCCCCAUCUCAGGUAGAGGGCCCCGUGGUCAAAGGUGGUGGUAGGCCGGUCUCCUAUUCAGGAGGGCCUGCCAUCAUAACUGGGUAUCUGAUAAGAAAAAGGAAGUUUAAUUAGCACCUUUGCAGUCUUUUACUGUGAGAAGCAAGGAGGGUCUGCCCCCUGCGCCCUACCUCAUCCACCCACAAACUUUGGCCUUCUUUGCAAGCCAAGGCUCUGUAUCAGAUGACAAGCUCAGUGGGAACUAGGCUCUCCAUCGGCGCCCCCUCCUGGAAAGAAAGGGUACUUCACCAAAUGUCUACAUAGGUUGUUUUGUUUGUCAUAGGGAGGUGGAGGAGGUGGUGGGGCUGGCGAGAAGGUUGUAAUUCCAGGAAGGCAUUGUGUGUUUAGCUUUAAGGAUCUGAAGUACUUGGUAGCAAAGU